AUGUUUCGCAAUCGAACGUCCUCCCAAAAACCUGGCGAUGAAUUUAUCGCAAAUUUCCGCCAAACCUUCCCAGAAGUCUCCGUUGCGGCCGCUUCCGCCUCCUCGACCGCUGGGAAUCCAGCACCUGGUGCCGCAGUCUCCUCAGACCGGCUCCCCGACCUUGGCGAUGACGAUUUGAAAGAUCUCGAUCCUACUCCCAGGGCGCAAAACGAGCCAUGGCGUUUUACACCUUCUCUGCUGGACCCGAAUUCAUUCGCUUUCGCCUCUUUUGCAAACCAACCGCCUGGAUACUACACCCCCGGGCCAAAUUCGUUGUAUCAUAACCAAGCUGGAGACCUGCAUACUCCAGGAAUGGGAAUGGGAAUGAGCCUUGGAACUCCUCUGUCGAUACCCACUUCGGCGGAUGCCGUACAUACAAGCACCAUGAUGGACGUUUCUGGUUUCGGCCAUACCCUCCCUCCCCAAUUCCAUAAUUAUUACCCAUUUGGUCACCCACAGCCGCAAUCACAGCCGCAACCGCCAGCACAACCAACUUUUGCCCCUUCCUCGUUUGUACAUCAAGACACCGGCUAUGAGACGAUGGAGCAGGAAAGGUCGCCAAUGGCUAAUGGUGGGCGGAUGGAUUGUAUGGAUGCUAGCUCUCAACAGCACUCUCCAGUUAUGGCAUAUCGGCCGGCGCCGCAGGACGUGGCGAUGACUAGUGCUAUGCCCCCAUCGGCUGAGAAGUUUCGUUUCCAUGUGACAUUGAACGCUCCAACGGCAAUGAUCAAGCAUGUAGAGGAGAUUCCACUCACUUAUCUUAACAAGGGUCAAGCUUAUUCAAUUUCGAUCAUUGACACUGCCCCUCCAGUGCCACUGUUGCCUGGGACGAAAUAUCGAACAUUUAUCCGGGUAUCUUUUGAAGAUGAGCAACAGCGUCAGAGACCUGCGACAUGCUGGCAGCUAUGGAAGGAGGGACGAGGGACGAACGAGGCGCAUCAGCGAGGAGGUAAACUUCAAGCAGUCGAAUAUGUGGAAGCAAACCAACCUGUCGAAACCGACGACAGGAGGACCCGAUCAGAGCUUGAUACUGCAUCCUUUGAUGGUUUCUCAGUCAUUUGGACGCCUGGCAUGAAUGGAUCAGCAGAAUGCAAUGUUGCUGUUCGUUUCAACUUUCUCUCGACGGAUUUCAGCCAUUCGAAAGGUGUAAAGGGAAUUCCAGUUCGGCUCUGUGCCAAAACCGAGACGAUAACGACCGGAUCGCCGCACUCCAGUGCCGAGUUUUCAGAAGUUUCCUAUUGCAAAGUCAAGCUCUUCAGAGAUCAUGGGGCGGAACGGAAACUAUCAAACGAUAUCGCACAUGUAAAGAAGACGAUCGAGAAGCUUAAGCAGCAGAUUGCUCAGGCCGAGACUGGCAUGAUAGAUUUUGGGAAGAGGAAGAGGACAGGCUCAAGCACGACCAAUGCUCAGCACAGCCACCGACCUGGCAAAGUUCAGAAACAUAAACGGACGUGGUCAAUGUCGUCUGCCUCGUCCGCUGGAGGACCCCGCGUGCCCAUCGAAGAAGAUAUGCACUAUAAGCUUCAGACGAUGCAAGACAUGUUUACAAGCACGAGACCGGUCAGCAUUCUCUACCUUCGUGGCGAAGUGCAAGACGACCCAGAUCUUCAUCCUGUAGCUUUGCCUGGCGAGCCUCUUGAUCUCACGAAAGUGGAUUCGAGAACAACUACUAUUUGGCAACAGCGAAGCAGUGAUCACAGUUCUACAACCGGAGGUUCCUCACUCGUCUCUCCAUCUCCAAGCUCGAUAUCUUUGCACUCCCAAGCUCGCAGUGGCACUUCAAUGCCUAACGCGCCCGGUCACUGGCCCGAAUUCCAAUCCUUAGCUCCAACUGAUAUCACCUCCUCGAAUCCUCAACAACUCGCAAGCCCUCCUGAUCAGAUCACUAAGGUGCCCAGAACUGAUGAUGCUGGAAGUUUGAGCGGCUGGAUUGAGGCUUUGGGAGUGGACUCGGCAUACAAGCCGCCCAUCGCAGACCGUCUAUUAAAGCCAGUGGCUUGCUUCUUCGUUCGCCGCCGCGACCCGUCUCAACCCGACAGGCAUGAUUAUUACAAAGCCAUAUAUCUCAAGCAGCGGACUCUAAGAGACUUUGCGAGUGGCAUAACUGCCAAAUGGAAUCUAGACCCUAGUAAACUCGUCCGCGUUCUACAUGUCCUUGACCGAGGACUAGAAGUGGAAAUCGAUGAUGAUGUCAUAGGGGAGCUUUCUGAGGGACAAGACCUUAUCAUGGAGAUUACCGAAGUCAAAAAUCCAACUGAGCCGGUGAAGCGUGAAUGGGAAAUAUCACUCGAUGUCACCGUUGACAGCGAUCAUUCUACAAGCACCGAGAAUGUCAUCCAAACCGAGGCAUAUGAAAUCCGCCUCAUGUUCUAA